GAAGCCAAGCAGAACCCUGAAGUGCUAAGGCAGAGAGAGGAGAGACAGAAGAGAUAAGAGGCUGAAGAGGGUUAACAUCAGCCUCCAAGUUAGCUUCCAAUUCUUGGUGAAACUCCCAGAGGGAGACUGAUAAAUCAUGAAGUUACUUGCCAUCCUUUUCCUUUGUUCCAGGCUGCUAACAAGUUUCGCCCAAGAGGACCAACCACAAGAAGUUGACUGCAAUGAUGAGGAUGUAUUUAAGGCUGUGGAUGCAGCUCUGAAGAAAUACAAUGAUAGAAACAAAAGUGGCAACCAGUUUGUAUUGUACCGAAUAACCGAAGUCACCAAGACUGUGAAUGAGAAUAUAUUUUAUUCUGUCAAGUAUGAAAUCAAGGAGGGCGACUGUCCUGUCCAAAGUGGCAAAACCUGGCAAGACUGUGACUACAAAGAAGCUGAGCAAGCUGCCACAGGAGAAUGCACAGCAACCAUAGGGAAGAGACCGAAUAUGAAAUUCUCUGUGGCUACCCAGACCUGCAACAUUAUUCCAGCCGAGGGCCCUGUGGUGACCUCCAAGUAUGAAUGUUUUGGCUGCGUGCACCCCAUAUCGACUGCCAGCCCUGACUUGGACCCUGUUCUGAGACAUGCCAUUCAGCAUUUCAACAACCACACUAAUCAUUCCCACCUCUUUGCUCUUAAGGAAGUAAAAAGGGCACAGAGACAGGUGGUGUCUGGAUGGAACUAUGAAGUUACUUACUUAAUUCAGCAAACUAAUUGUUCCAAGGAGAAUUUUAAAUUCUUAAACCAAGACUGCAAGGCCCUUUCCAAUGGUGAUUCCGGUGAAUGUACAGAUUUUGCUUACAUGGAUCCUCAGCAAAGAAUUGCUUCCUUCUCACAGAAGUGUGAGGUUUUACCAGGGGAGGAUUUUGUACCACCACCUACCAGAACUUGCCCUGGCUGCCCCAAAGAGAUUCCUGUCGACAGCCCUGAUCUGAAGAAGGCUCUGACUCAUUCCAUUACAAAACUUAAUGCAGAGAGUAAUGCAACUUUCUAUUUCAAGAUUGACAUUGUGCACAAAGCAACAUCACAGAUGGUGGCUGGAACAAAAUAUUUUGUUGACUUCACGGCCAGGGAAACCACAUGUUCCAAGGAAAGUAAUAAAGAGUUGACUGAAAGUUGUGAGAUCAAUAAACUUGGAGAAAUUCUAAGAUGCACUGCUGAUGUUUAUGUGGUACCUUGGGAGAAAAAAAUUUACCCUACUGUCAAAUGUCAAUCAGUAGGAAAGACCUCAUUGCUGAAAAGACCUCCAGGUUUUUCACCUUUCCGAUCCGUACAAGUGGCGGAAACAAAAGAAGGAACAACUAAGCAACUAAGGCCCUGCGUGUACAAGGGCCGACCUCAGGAGGCAAGGGCAGAGCCAACAUCUGAGAGUGAGGUCUCUUGACCAGUGGGCAGAAUCUCCAUGCCUGGGACAAUAGCCCCAGCAACCUGUCAGCAGCCCUGAAUGGAAGGACAAGAAGAUGGGAUAGUGUCAAUAGAGAAGAAUGCCAUUUUAUCAUUCUGUUUCUGGGUGAAAUAAAGUUUGAUCUUAAUGUUCUCA